GAGCUGGAGCAAAACACGGAACAACUUUAGGCUAGCUAGGUUAGCAUGAUGAGCUAAAGCGUCCUGCGUUUUACUAAAAAAGACUGCUUUGUUUACUUCAACCGUGCGGCGAAGACUGAUAAUUAACAUGACGUUGAUUUAAAGAAGACCUAACAAUACCAAGUAAUGUUUAGCAGGUCGUAUGAGCUGCUGCCUCAGAGGGACCUCUCCAGUCCGAGGACUCCUGGCUUGUUUGUGGACUCAGACAGGUUCACACCGCGCGGAUACCACCAAGGCUUCUCAUCUGACAACAUCCCCAAUGUGUCUGAAAACCACCUCACCGAUACCUCCCAAGGAUGGCUUUCCUGGAUUUGCAACCUGAUUGUCAUCUCCCUCGUCUACAUCUGCACAUUUCUAACAUUUCCAAUAACAGGAUGGUUUGUACUGAAAACGGUGCCUAACUACCAGAGGAUAGUAGUGUUUCGUCUGGGUCGAGUUUGUCCUCCAAAGGGCCCCGGUAUUGUUCUGGUGCUGCCGCUCAUUGAUCAGUGGCAGAGGGUCGACCUGCGCACCCGUGCCUUCAACAUCCCACCCUGUCAGGUGACUACUUUGGAUGGUGGUGUGCUGUCAGUGGGAGCAGACAUCCAGUUCAGGAUCUGGAACCCCGUCAUGUCAGUACUAUCAGUCCAGGACCUGAACGCCUCAACCAGGAUGACGGCACAGAAGGCUUUGACCUACAGCCUGGCCAAGAAGACCGUCAGGGAGAUCCAGAGUGAGAGGGUCAAACUUGGAGAAUAUCUCGGGAUGGACAUAAAUCAGAUGACUCAGCCCUGGGGGCUGGAGGUGGACAGGGUAGAGCUCACCCUCGGCUCGCUACUGAAAGCACCAGAGGAGGGCCCCUCUGGACCCCUCAUCGUGCCUCCCACUGUGUCUGGACUUGAAGGCCUUGCGGGCCCCAUUCAGCAGUUGGCCAUGCACUUUCUGGGCCACGGUGGCGCUUCACAGCCUCAACAAAAGGACAGCAUUACUUACGCAGAUGAGCUCAGCAGUUCCUCUCAGACAAUUGUGGCCACACCACGUUCUGUUGAGGAGCUGCUCGGUGGGGUGAAGCUCCUGCUCUCUGAGACUUUGGUCCACCAGGUCGGGGCCUGCUUCCAGUUUGACAUAAGCUCAGAAGAUGGACAACAUCACAGUUACUAUGUGGAUUUGAGCCAAGGCAGCGGUGCAGCUGGAGCGGGGUCCUUGUGCAGAGAGCCAGAUGUGACAUUGAGUAUGACUGACAACGACCUUCUGGCCAUGUUCCAAGGCGAGCUUCGUCCAUUUGCUGCUUACACCGCUGGCAGACUCCGAAUCCAGGGAGACAUUAAGACCGCCAUGAAGCUGGAAGAAGUCAUAAAGUUGCUUAAGAAAUAGCAGUAGAGUUUGUAUACAUUAUAUAUUUAUUAAAUCUUUCAUUUUCAAUGUACAAUAAGUGUUUCUUAAGUAUGAAUUA